GCCACCAAUCAGGUGCGCCAGGCAGUGCGCUCACAGCCAAUGGACGGCGGGGUAGGCGGGACUUCCUGCGUCCGUUGCUACGACAAGCACGGCUUUUCCUUAGCAACCGGCGCUGGCGUGGUGGUGCGGGCCGCGGCGGUGGCGGAGUGUCCUCUGAGCUAAGAAGUAUCCCCUCCUGCUGAAGCUGCUCUGCCCGUGCCCUCAGAGCCGUGUUCCUCUUGGCUGUCAGUGCCACAGCACCUUGCUGAGAUCCAGGCAGCCCCUCCACCCCUUCCCGGGGUCCCUGUGGAAGGACCAUGGCAGACACCGGGGAGGGGAAAAAGGAGGAGUCUGAUUAUAAAAGACUUCACAGCUUUCCACUGAUUAGGCACACAGACAUGCCGGAGGAGAUGCGUGUAGAGGCCAUGGAGCUGUGUGUCACAGCAUGUGAGAAAUACGCCACCAACAAUGAGAGUGCUGCCAAGAUGAUCAAAGAGAUGAUGGACAAGAAAUUUGGGUCCUCCUGGCAUGUGGUGAUCGGGGAAGCUUUUGGCUUUGAGAUCACUCAUGAGGUGAAGAAUCUACUGUACAUGUUCUUUGGUGGCAGCUUGGCUGUGUGUGUCUGGAAGUGCUCCUGACAUCUGGCUGGGUCUCAGACUUGUUUCAUAUAAGAGAUUUCUUCCUUCUCUUGACAGAUUUUGUACAAUCUGGAGGUGGGGCUUUAUUUUUAAUAGUUAAACGUCAAGAGUGGUUUUUUUCAUACUGACUAACAGUUCCGUGGGAUACAUAUAGUUGGUGUGUGCGUGCGUAUAAACUUGCUAAGCUCUCCUGGCCUUGCUUGUGGGAUUUCUCAUCUGUCUGUGGCUCUUUCCUUGGUGUUUGAGCCAAAGCAGGAAGGAGAUGGGGAACAGGUAGUCUCAUGACACGCUGCAGAGCUGUACAGCAGCACUAGGAGGGGGAAAUGAAUAAGAAAAGGUGCUGUCUAGCCCUGUAUUUUUUUUUCCUCCCACUUGCCCGACAUUGUGUCCUCUCUUCUUUGCCUUCCCCACUAUCAUGUGGUAUGGGCUCUGACCAGCACCUGUCUCUCCUCUCUCUGAAUGCUGAGAAUACCUUCUUCCCCGCUUCCCAGAUAUCCAUACAGAACUGGCAGUGACAAGGGUCUCCCUUCAGGCUGCCGCUGGAGGUGUCAGCCACAGGGAAGCAGACUCUGCUUGCUCUUCCCUGCUUCUUUUUGAGGGUACAACAGCUGAGCUGCCUGGGUGUAGGAGGUUGCUAUGCAAACUGCCCCCUCCUUUCUCACCCACCGCACACUGACACAGCAUGAAAACAUGGGCGGCUGACGAUGCCUGGAGAGUGGGUGACAACUCUUCAUAAGGCUCGAAUGCCUCCCUGUCAGUUCCUGGGGGUGUUGCAAGUGCUGUGUACUUCCAGCAUCUUGUUUGGAGGCUGGUAGAGGAAGGAGAUGUGAGAUAUCACUUGGUCAUCAGAAACCUAACGUCUGUUUGGACUUGCAUUCUUUUAGCUUGCUUCGGUUUUUUAAAGCUGUCAGUGUUGGAGGAUGGAGUGAACAUAAUUGUAUGUUACGUAUAUGGCUUAUUUAUAUAAAUCUGGGGAGCUGUGUUUUUACAAUAAAACUUUAGUAAAAUGUCA